UAUAUAUAUAUAUAUACAUAUAAAGUUACGAAUGCAUCUAUCCGCUUCAGUCACAGACAAGAAAUUUACGACCAAAGAUGCAUACGUUCGCUUGUCUUAUAUUUACCAUUCUUGUAUACGCCAUUGAAGGAGCUCCGUCUUCUCAAAUUAUUGGCGGCAGUAACGCUGCCGUCGGCAAAUUUCCGUAUCAAGCGUCAUUGAGAUUAAACGGCUCGCAUAUAUGCGGUGGAUCUAUCCUUGAUAAUCUUAAUGUAUUAACUGCAGCACGUUGUCUUCUCAGAUCAAAAUGUUCACCGGACGAAUUAACGGUUCACGUCGGUUCAAACUUAUUAAACGAAUCAAUGUUUGUUUAUGACGUAGCCGAUGUUAGCGUUCACCAAAAUUACGACGAUUAUUUUCUCAUUAAUGACAUCGCCUUGGUUCAUCUUAAAAGUCCUAUCAAAUAUAACAAGUUAGUGCAACCGAUAAAUCUUGCGAAAUCCGAUGAAAUUAUUACAGGCCUGGAGUGCACGUUAACCGGAUGGGAAAGUAAAAGGAAUGGUGGAAAUAUGUCGAACAGCUUGAAAGUAAUUAAUUUGCUAGUCGAAUCGCAAACAAAAUGUGAGGAAAUAUAUUGGAAAGUGACAAAUAGUCAUAUUUGCGCUGUGGCUCGCAACAACAGUGGACCGUGCGACGAUGAUUAUGGUAGUCCUUUAGUGGCAAGUGGUAGUCCUUCAGUUCAAAUUGGAAUCUAUUCCUUUACUAAUGCUUGCGGAAAUUCAGACCCAGACGUGUACACAAAAGUAACCAGUUUCCUCUCUUGGAUUACCGCGAAUUUGAGGAUUUAAAAGAUAUUAGUUUAAAUAUUAAAAUUCCACUUGUUAUAUAAUUUACAAUUUAAUUAAUGUAUGGUUUGAGCCAAAUUACUUCGCGAAAUAUAUGCUUUUUUGAUCAGUUAAAUAAAUUGUCAAUGCAAAUACCAUAAUAAAAACAAAUCAACUGUCACGUUUGACGCCUAUACGAAAA